GGUCAAUUUUUUCAACUCUCGAUAAUUCCAACACGCCAGGUAGGUACUAGGUAUGAUACAGCCAGUAUGAUGAAUAUUCUCUUCUUUCAUUUACCAUUUCUUUCUUUUCAUCGAAAAGGAAAAAAACAAAGCAAGAGCAAAAACAAACACAUUACCACCUUCAUCACACCUUCCUUAUUACUCUGUAAAGAAGUCCUAUUUCAACAUCUCCUCCAAUUGCGUACCCAGCACCCUCUCAUCCAACGAAUUAUACACAGCCGUGCUUGGUCUGCGCUUCUAUCAAGAAUCCAGAAAGAAUCCAGAAGGUGUCCAAGUACUAAUCCCCCAGUUUCUUGAAGCUUUCCUCCCUCGGACAUACAAGAUACGAUACAUACCUGCCCAGGCAUUGCAUCGGGAAAAAACAAAACACUUCACGCAGCCUCAAGUCUACUUUAUAUACCCAACAACUCUGUCAGUGUAGUUUGAAUAGGGUAUCUCGCUUCAACAUUUGCAUAUAAUCUCGUUCAUCUCGUAGGUCGGCUGUGACAUUAUCCACACCCUGUUGCAAUGGGUUCUUUACAAUUAUAGUACCUCAAAUCAUCUUGAAUUGUCUCGUCGACUAUGAAUUCGGAAUCGGAUCCAUCCAUGGUUGCGACGGCUUGUCAUCCUCGAAGACCUCCGGCACACCUCUCCGUCUCCUUGAAGCACACCACGCCUGAUCCUAUCGAGAAGGAAAAAUCAGACCUGGGUGUGGUGAAACAGGAUGACACCUCUAGCAAGCCAAGAAGUAAUUCCACCUCACCUUUUAGAAAGCAAAAAUCGGACGAUUCAGAAGAUACCGUUGCGUCCAAUGUAAAUGAAUGGUUUGAUCGCACAAAUACACGUCCUGUGAUUGCUGUCAACCAGGACUCUGGAGACAUCAGUGACCCGCCAUACUUUCUCCAACACAGCUCUAACGAAGACACUGAUUCCAGCAAAGAGUUACCCCUCCGAGGCAACCAAUACAAUCUACACUCACUAAAUCCCAUAUCAAGAUCUCGAGAUGGCAGUGCCUCAGAAGAGUAUCGCAGUAUCAUUGACGAUUUGACCAUCGAAAAUCGGAAGUUGAAGGAAAAAUUAAAAAGAUAUGGGCGUUCAUCGGCUACCCACUUGGAGAACGAGAAGCUCUUCGAAGUCAAGAUCCAUGCCCUAUCGGCACGAAAACGAAGGGAGCUAGAAGAACUUCUUCGCUCAUUCUCUACCAGUUUUGACAGUUCAUCGGAAGAUCUAAGCAUCAAUGGUCCAACAGGUCGACAGUCAAGGGCUUAUCCUCUUCCAGCUAAAACCACUAAGCAUAAAUCUGUUUCAUCGGGGUCCAACUCCCGACCGAGCGACUCGGCAUAUGCCUCAAUGUCGAGAUCCGGGCCUUCGCAUGGCUCCUCGGCUGGGGAAGGGCAUAUGCCAGCACAUUCGCGGACCACAACCGAUCGAAAAAUGCAAGAUUUCUUACAAGACAUCCCUCAGGGAUUACAACCGAAAUCGUCCCUAGAGAUGUCCGAAAAUCAGCGGAAAAGGAUGGUUGUUCGGCGUCUAGAACAAUUAUUUACAGGAAAGACAGGAUCGCUUAUCGGUGCACACAGUCAAUCUUUGCAACAGCAAGAGGUGUCCAGGUCGGCCGCGAGAGCAGAUCGCUCCUCGCAAAUUCAUAACCACCCUAAAGAAGGUGUGCGCGAAGCUCACAUCGGGCCACAUAAUAUGGAACUAGACAAGCAGGGAUCAGCAAACACUUCAAAGAAUAGCCAAUCGCCAACAGAACAAUCAAAUUCUCCCCAAAAGUCUCGUGGGUCCCCUUCGCCACAGCAGAGGCCAACUAGACCCUUGGAUUUGGAUCCAGACCGUGACCAAGUCGGUUCCGAUAACGUCGAGUAUAUUCGCCACCUCGGAAUCUCAGCACCCCAACUAUUAACAGAAGAAUCACAAGACGCUGCCGUCGAUGCCGAGGGGUGGGUCUAUCUGAAUCUUCUCAUCAAUAUGGCGCAAUUGCAUAUUAUCAACGUUACACCUGGCUUUAUCAGAUCUGCCGUGACCGAAUUGAGUAGGAAACUUCAAAUAUCCCCAGACGGCAAAAAACUGCGAUGGAGAGGUGGUACGCAAGGAACAAGCUUAAGCAGUGACAGCGGUAGGAGCAGUGUUCAUCAACGGUCUCCGCCCGAUAGUGAUGGCAGUGAUGAAGCGUCGCGCAAAAGACGCAAAGUUCAUGCCAAUAAAUUCACUCCUACGGGACAAGCGCCCCUGAAAAUGAUAAAUCAGGGCUCGAAGAAUCCUAAAGCGACGGGUGCAUGCUUCUAUAAGCCGAUAUUCGUUCGUUAUCCACAACAUACAUCCGAGGUGUCUGGUGAUGAGAGCGAUAUCUCACCAAAUCGUUAUGAUCUCCCCGGCUUUGCUUCCCCUAUCAACAGAUUUGGCAACAGUUCACGCGAUGAUGGGCCAUUGAUAUUCUACAAUGGGACGAGAUUUUUUAGCGAUCUCUCUGGUGAUCGUGGCAAUCUUGAAACCCCGUUACAUAUUACUGGCGUUGACAAAGAUGGUUACAGCAAUCAUACUGACGACGCUAUCGGCUGCUCACAUCCUGCAAGACACCUCCUCAAGGACAGGACUCCUUCCGGUUCCUUUCUACCAUUCAGGCCUUUCAAGGACUAUUCCAAGGGAGGAGAUUUGUUCCAACCUCCAGAAUCAAGACCACAAACCCCUAGCGUACUCUCCGAUGAUACGGACUUCGAAUUCACCACCGACGUAGCUUGUGGCGGCCCUGAACCUUCUCCGUCCCUUACCGAAUUUGUUGCCAGUGGGAUCGGCGGCGUACAACCAGCCGACCACUUGCUUUACAAGGUACAUACACGAUGGGCGACGAAUAAAGACCAUGUUCCUUUCAAGGUUUCUAAAUUCUCUGCUCCGCGUCCAACUUCGAAAAUUCUGCACACAAUUUCACAGUCUUCAUUAGAUUCGUUUCACGAUCCCAAGCCUCAGAAUAAGGUGAAUAACAUAAUUCAAAAAUUGGCUCACUUGGCCGAUCCUGUCAAUGAAUCUCCACCGCACCGACCGUAUGAGAGUUCACCCAUCAAGACCGAACACAUCUCUGAGGAAUUGAUAUUGCUUCACCCAUCACCCCUACCCGAGCCAUCCUCAUACUAUAACAUGCUCUCCGGCACUGAAACUACAGAAGAUUAUUCCGAUUCCUCAUCUUCUUUCAUGGGAAUUUCUCAUCUUAGAGAUGAGCCUCUAGAAAAAGGCGAAGAUCUGAUGUCAGAUAACGAUAUCCAAGUAUCAUCUGAUGACGGUGCUAUGGAUAUUGAAGACGCGGAAGAAGACGAUGAUGAUAGUGUUGAUAUGCUGGCUUAUGUAAGAGGUAUUGAUCCGAAGGCUGUGGCAACCCAGGAGGAAAGGUACGAAAUGGAAGCCAGCGACAAGAGUGUUCAGUUGGGGAGUGCGGCGAGUAAAUCUGUCCUUCCGCUCCCGUUGGAGGAGAGCGAUGAGGUGGAGCUUUGAAUGUUGUAAACAUUUAUAGGAUUUGGAGCUGAGUCUUAUCUUGUUUGGCGAAUACAUUGGGCAUUAAUACUUUGUGGCGUGAUUUGGAGGGUUUAUUUUGUGUUCAAAUUAUUCUUGGUAGGGAUUUGGUUUAGUACCAGCAGUUUAUUUUUGCUGGCUGUAGGAGUGCGCGUGUGAAUCUCUGGUUUGGUUUGGCGUAAGGCGGAGAUACCAUAUUGUUUUUGAGCGAGCAUUGCUUUAGAUGGAUGAUUUUGGUGAUGAUAUCGUGGGAUAUGAUUUGAAUCAUGUACGAUGGAAUGGAAAAUGCAAAAUUAGGUUACUCAGCGUUAUUAAUUGGUGGUUAAUGAAUUGAGCCUCUUAUCUGAUAAAUAAGAGAGCGCUUAGCAAUUUGUAUGUUACAUUUGAAUUUCAAUGUUCUGUUAAUAUAGGGAAUACUUGUAUUCGAGAUGCUUUAUAUUGAACUUGGGUCAAUUUAGUUACGGUGAUGAUUAUUUGGAAAUUUAGGAUUUGGAAAUUUUCUGUAAAAAAAACUAAAAAAUAAUAAAAAUAAUAAAAUACUACUAUUCUA